AUUUAUAGAACAAGAGAGUCCAAUUAUGAUUCGGUAUCACUCUGAAACAGCGGGGUGGUAACGACAAUAACUUAAAACCGAUAAAUGGAUUUAUCUUCCUCGCAAAGGAACGCCGAGGUCCCUUACCCCGAGAAUCCGCGAUAGAGCGGAAUCAAAGAUGACGAGACGUUUUCAGAUGCAUCAGUGCACCGAUCUCCUCGUAGCCGCGCCAUUGCAUUGACAUCGAUGACACGAGGAUGAUCGUUCGUCGUGGAACGCUAUGGAUGAUCGCGGUACUCGUUCUCCUCGCAAGCAUAUCGGCGUCUGUAAAGCCACGAAGCGGGCCCACGACGAAAGCUCUGCGUCAACAGCUGUCCAGGACCAAACCGGCGCUGGUAAAAGUGAUAUACAAGAAUCGCGAGGAUGAGGUCGCAUACAGUGCAUCAUCCAAUGGCACGCGUACGCGAAUCAGGAUUCCGUCGAAUUAUUUGAGCAGAACGAGAAGAAACUACGUCGGUGAUUAUACCACGCGAAGAAACGCGAGCGAUUAUUACGCGGAGCGUAGAGCUGUCAUGGAAAGAUACUACGCGCGACAGCGUGAGAUAAACGCGCGAUACGCUAAUCGAACGGGCAGCAUCUCGGGAUCGAAACUUAACGACGUCGCGUCGCAGCAUCAGCCGGUGACGAGGAACGCUACUCUCCUUAGUCUCGGACACGAGUAUCCCAACAAGGAUUCGAAAGAUACCGCGACUUUUCGCUAUCCGUAUAUAAGAAUCGAGCCGAUAUACAGCAACGAAUCGUGGAACAAGGGGAUAUCGAUCGAACCGGACAUUCGACGAGAUAUCGCGCCGAAGAUCAACCUUGGCUUCAAAUUCGACGCGAAUUUGUCGCAAACGAGAAACAGUAGCAUUGAGAGAAACGCUUUGGAUUAUUAUGUCACACCCACACCGUGCACGAACGUGUCGUUGUCUGGUACAUUUGAGCCAAAAGCGCGCACCAAACACGCUAAAAAUUGCACCCACGAGACAGAACAGAAGUCUAAUCGCACGAAUAAUAACAAUUCCACUGGAAGCGACUAUCAAAAUUGGGGAACGUGCGAAGGGAAGAUCGUGUAUCAACAUAACUUGCUUCUAGGUUUGAAGGGUCCCUCGAAUCUCGAUACGCUUUUUGAAGUAAUCAUUCAAGGUCCUAUUUGUAUCACUUGUGUGGAAGCGUUGCGAUAUAACGAAACUAGAGCGAUGGUGACAUUAGAUUCCGGCGGACGUGGUCACGAAUAUGUGAAAAUUAGGCUAAAAGGUUACGAGAAUGAAGGAUUUUCCUAUAUAAUAAAGGUUUGGGGUGUCAAAAAGAUUGAUCAGAAUUGCGAUAAUUAGUUGAGAUACGAAAAAUCCAUGAUAACAGGCUCAUCUCUCGUCAAAUAACACUCUACACCAAUCAUAUACGUACGAAACAAAUCUUUAAUAUAAAAAAUUAUAUAUUUUUUAUAAAAAAAAUAUGUAUAUUAAUAAGUUGUAUAUAAUGUCGGUAAGAUUUAAUCUUGUAGCCUUACUGUAUGAUAAUAAGCGAGUACAAAUAAAAAUCGAAGCACAAAUAAAAAGACCAAGCUAAAACAUGUACGUAAAAUACAUCACAAAAAAUUCGAAAUUUCUCUCUCUCUCUCUUUCUCACUCUAUAUCUCUUAUAUAAAAAAGAUAUUUAUGUAAAUAUAUUAUAAAAAUAAUCUCUAAUUAUUCUAUUAUUAAUUCAACAUUAACAUAAACAAUAAUAUUAACACAGAUAAAAUCCUUCAACUCUCGGACAACGUGCGUCAUGUGAAAAGAUUGGAGAUUACUUCAAGAUUAAUUGCAGUCAAAGUUCAAUAGCGUGACUAAUGUACUAAAUAUCAAUUGAUUGCACAACUACUUCAACGCGACAUUCCGCAUUAAUUAUUCUUUAAUACGUAACAACAAAUACCUCUUUAUCUUAGAAAAAAAAAAAAAGAUAAAAAAAGGAAGAAAAA